GUCAUCAGUCACUGCUCUCACUGGGUAAAUCAGCUCGUGGGCAAGUGGGUCAGUGGCGGGCCUAGCAGCGAGGUGAGUCUUGCAUUGGCACUGGCAGGGUGGCUGACGGAAGCAAGGUUGAUGGAUCUGUUGAACGAUACAAGGCUCGCCUAGUUGCCAAGGGCUUUACUUAGAAGUAUGGUAUUGACUAUAAGGAAACAUUUACUCAGGAGUAUGGUAUUGACUCACUUCGAUGUUCGAGGAAAGUGAAAUCCCCUGGCUCCUUAUGGUCUUCUUUUCCCAACUUCCAUCGAAGUGAGUCUGCGUUGAAUUUUAUGUUGUUUAUCCAACAGUUACCAUCUUCUAAUUUUGCUGCACAAGCUGUCAAUUCCAAGGACAAGGAGGACGAUGUUGUUACUGGAACCAAUGAUUCAGCUGUGCAAGCUGUCGAUUCCGAGGAUGAGGAGGAAGAGGAUGUUGUUACCAGAACCAAUUCCAAUUCUGAGCUUCGAAGUGGCUUGUUUUUUACGUAUAUGAAUGAACAGUUACCGCCUUUGGAUUCCGGUUUGGAACAUGAGAUAACUAAGUUAGAGGCACCAAUGUACGCUACCAUCGAUUCCUCCAAAGUUGCUAGUUGUAGCAAUUCUGACUCGGCUAUUUCUCUUCCGAGUAUAAAACUUUCUAAAAGCGAGCCGGAUCUUCUCAACCCUGUCAUGGUCUCCCGGAUUGUUGAUUCCAAUGUUGAAGCUUCCUCUUCCAAAUCAAACAGCUUGGUUUCUUUGCCAUUGAAUUCUGCAUCAUCCUUCUCGGUUUCUCUACCAAUGCCUCCUGCUGUUGCUGCUGUUGAUUUUGUUAGUGAGCUCACUUAUUACAAGUGCAAGCGAGACCUCGCUUGCACUGCACUCAAUCAAGUUAAUCAACAAUUCAAUGUAGUGAACAAUACUCAAUUUCAGCCUCCAGUUGCUAAUGCUAAUUGUUGGAGAAAUUACCAAUAAGAUGAUAUAUUAAUUACAAUAAAAAUAUAAAUAUAAACGAACAA